AUGCAACAAGCGUUUUCAAAACUCAAGUUAAAAAGCAAAGCUAGCGACGCGCCAGAUGCUGCUCCCGCUGUUGAAUCGGGCAAGGCUCCCACGACCAAACAGAUUUACCAAGCGAGAUUCAACUUUGGCGUAAACUUUGGUUCUUGCUUUGUGUUGGAAAAGUGGAUUUUCCACGAUUUGUUCAGCGAGACCGAUGGCGACACUGAGUUUGAUGCCGUUUCCAGCUUGGUGAAGAAAAUCGGUGUGGAGGAGACCCAGAAGAAGUUUGAAAACCACUGGAACUCGUACGUCACGCAGGACGACUGGAACUGGCUCGCUGCUCAUGAGGUUGCCAGUAUCCGCUUGCCAAUCGGCUACUGGGACGUUGAUGGUGGUAGUUUCACCGGUGGGUACAAAUUUGGGCCCUACAAGAAGGUUUAUGCAAACGCUUGGACUACGAUCAAGAAAUUCAUAGAGGCAGCAGCAGCGCAGAAAAUUUCCGUUUUGAUAGACAUACACGCCGUGCCUGGUGGAGCAAACGACUCGGGCCACUCGGGAGAACCCAACGCCGAUGGUGCCUUUUGGAGCGACGACAAGGCCCAAAAUGAAAUCGCCAAGAUGGCUGGCUGGAUUGCCAAUGACUUGAAAGGAUACGACAAUAUCGCGGGAAUCGAGGUUGUCAACGAGGCCAGUUUUGAGAAUAACCCCAAGAAGCAACAACGGUAUUAUGGUGCGUGCCUUACUGAGAUUAGAAAGUCUGACGAACAAGUUCCAGUUGUGAUCUCUGACGGAUGGUGGCCCGACCAGUGGGUCAAAUGGGUCCAAUCUGAACAAGGCGAAGGCUACCUCGGAGUCGUUGUCGAUGACCAUGUGUAUCGAUGCUUCAGUGACGCCGACAAGGCCAAAUCACCCAAACAGAUUAUCGAUGAUUUGAAUGGCGACGUGUUGACCAACUUGAACGACAGCGGUGCUGGCGUUGACUUUAUCGUGGGCGAAUGGUCCUGCGUCAUUGACUCCCAGAGCUGGGAAAAGGGCGGAAACCGAGACGAGGAUGUCAAGCAGUUUGGCCAGACGGAGCUGAAGCUUUUCAAUGUAAGAGCAGCCGGUUCCUAUUUCUGGACAUUCAAGUUCCAGUCGGGAAACGGUGGCGAAUGGGACUUCAAAACCAUGUUUGACAAGGGUGACAUUCUCCCACCUCCCAAGCCCUCCAAGCAGCCUAGCGAAGACGAGUUGAACCAAGCAGCCACAAAUGCCGCCGAUUCCCACCAAAACUACUGGAAGCAGCAAAAGACCACGAUUGAGCCCGAGGUGUACAAGGGCGGCUUCGUGGCGGCAUGGAAAGAUGCAGAUGCCUUUGCCAAAUUCAAUGGUUCGAGAAUCGGCAGGAAGGAGGCCUUGAAGUGGGCUGCGUUGCAAGGGUUGAUCAAGUCCAAAGGAGGCGUUAAAAACACAUGGGAGUUUUCUCAAGGAUACGACGAAGGUCUCAAACAGUUUUACUCGGCCGCUGUAUAG